AUGCGCUCCUCGGCGAGUCGGCUGAUCGGAAGCGAGCGCGGCGAACAAAGACGGGCGGCAUGCUUUUUCCUGCCCCGCGGGCAUGUGGCAUCGACUGCUCGCCCGGUGCCCCCUGCUCCGGAUCAACGUCGACAUGGAAGCUCCCCAUUGUUCGCUCGGCAAGCAACGCCAACACCCCCACACGCCCUGGUGAUUCCUAGCAGCGUGAGUGCGCGCAUUUCGGUCGGAAACUGCACGCACGCGCCCGCCGCCAGCCCAUAUCCUCGCGUUUCGCAAGGCUCGUCCGAGGCUGCCGCGGCCGGUCGGUUCGGUCCAGGGGUGUCGCUCGUGAAACAGAUGCAACCUGCGCAAGACACCUUCGAGACUCCGUCUUCCGUCCGUCUAGCAUUGGCCAAGGGCUGGCUGUCGCAUUGUGCCGAGGUGGGACAAGGAAUCGGCCAAGUCGUCGGUGUUGCUCUUCACGCCAUCGCCCAUCGGCCUGCCCUCCGGGUGAGCUGCCAGCUCGACGCUGCUCUACGCAUCAGCCGCCGUUGGGUACUCGUCACCCCUCGGGCAAGAUGA